GCUCCCUCCUGCCAGCCCAUGCUUCUCUCAUCACUCCCCCCACUACUCCUACUGGCUUCUACUCACUGCUCCACCCACCCCCCCUCAUCUCUCUCUACUUGUAUAUAAACAGCCCCUUCCUUUCUCCUCCCUCCUUAACCUAAGCCAUUCUCGUAUACCAGGAUAUAAAAUGCAUCUCCCUCCUCUCUUCCCCUUCUUUCUAUCCCUUCUCCUCCUCCCAACACUCCUCUACGCUGCAAGCACUUACCCUUACCAUACACCCCAGCAGAAACAACCGCUUAACCUGCACCAGCGCUCCCCCGCCUCCACCGUCGGCAGCUCGGCGGUCACUCUGCCGGGUUCCAAGCGGUACGAGGGAUCCUCUGACCUGGUCAACCUCCGCUACCACAUGGGCCCCGUCCUCUCGACGCCCAUGAGGGUCUACCUCAUUUGGUACGGCCGGUGGACUCCGGCCCUCCAGGCCCCCAUCCGGGACUUCCUCAUCUCUCUAUCCGACACCUCGGCCCCUGCCCCCUCCGCCGCCCAGUGGUGGUCCACCGUCUCCCUCUACACCGACCAGACCGGCUCCAACGUAUCCCGCUCCCUCUCCAUCGCCGCCGAGGUCUCCGACCUCGCCGCCUCCCGCGGCCGCUCCCUCACCCGCCUCUCCGUGCAGCAGCUCAUCGCCGACGCCCUCAAGGCCUCCUCCCUCCCCGUCGACCACCGCCGCGGCGUCUACCUCGUCCUCACCGCGCCGGAGAUCGCCAUGCAGGACUUUUGCCGCGCCGUCUGCGGCUUCCACUACUUCACAUUCCCCUCCCUGGUGGGCCACACGUUGCCCUACGCAUGGAUCGGCCACAGCGGCACUCAGUGCCCGGAUGUGUGCGCCUACCCCUUCGCCGUGCCCAGCUACAUGGCCGGCGGCGGGGUGGUGGCCAUGCGGCCACCGAACGGCGACGUGGGGACGGACGGGAUGGUGAGCGUGGUGGCGCACGAGCUGGCGGAGCUGUCGACCAACCCCCUGGUGAACGCCUGGUACGCCGGCGAGGACCCGACGGCGCCGACGGAGAUCGCCGACCUCUGCGAGGGAAUCUAUGGGACCGGGGGCGGUGGGAGCUACACGGGGCAGGUGAGCAAGGAUGGGCAGGGGAGGAGCUACAACAUCAACGGGAGGGGGGGGAGGAGGUUUCUGGUGCAGUGGGUGUGGAGUCCGGUUGCCAAAGCCUGUGUGGGGCCCAAUGCCCUGGAUUAGAUUAGAUUGGAUUAGAUACAUCAUCUCUGGAUCUA